AUGCUCUCUGCCUUCUUCGUGCUCUCCUCGCUCAUCGUCGCCGGGCUUUCAAGCCCUGUCGUCAUUCCCCGAAGCCCGGUAACCCUUCCCAUUGUGAGGAAAUUCAACUUCAAUGGGACGAGCACCAUCGUAGAACGAGAUCGGGCACGAGUGGCUGCACUCCGAUCCCGCGCAGAUGGGGCAAGGAAUGUGACGAGACGUGCUGUCGUUAAUGAGGACGUAGAUAACGUUGCCGUUGUCUACUCAGCUUCUGUUGGUGUUGGUAGCCCUGCCACAUCCUACGACUUGCUCAUUGACACCGGCAGCUCAAAUACUUGGGUUGGUGCAGGGACUAGCUACGUACAGACAUCCACCAGUACCCAGACCUCCAAUCGAGUCUCUGUUACCUAUGGUUCCGGAUCAUUCUCUGGGAGGGAAUACAUCGACCGAGUUACUAUCACCUCAGACUUGAUCAUCGAAUCGCAGUCAAUCGGUGUGGCUUCCACUUCUUCCGGCUUUUCUGGCUUUGACGGUAUUCUUGGAAUCGGACCCGUGGCGCUCACUGAGGGCACGUUGUCUCCGGCUACCACUACACUCAUAUCCACUGUCACCGAUAAUCUCUACAGUCAGGGCUCAAUCACAAAUGAUGAAAUUGGCGUGUACUUUGCGCCUACGACACAAGAGGAGGUCGUCAACGGAGAACUUUCCUGGGGUGGCUCGGAUAGUUCCAAAAUUACCGGCAGUAUUGGCUAUGCACCAGUUACAUCUACCUACCCCGCAAGCGUAUACUGGGGUAUUGACGAGUCCAUUACGUAUGGAACCUCGACAUCAAUCUUGACUUCCACUGCUGGUAUUGUCGAUACCGGAACUACCCUCGUCUACAUCGCUUCUGAUGCAUUCGCACGGUACAGGACGGCCACUGGGGCAACCCUGGACAGUACCACAGGUCUUCUUCGUAUCACCACCGCUCAGUACGCCAGCCUUUCCAGUCUCUUCUUCCAUAUCAACGGUGUAUCGUACGAGCUCACACCCAAUGCUCAAAUCUGGCCUCGUUCGCUGAACACGGCUAUCGGUGGCAGUUCCAGUGCCGUCUAUCUGAUCGUCAACGACAUUGGCACGAAUACCGGAGAAGGUCUCGAUUUCAUCAACGGAUACACUUUCUUGGAGCGUUACUACACGAUUUUUGACACAGCAAACUCGAGGGUCGGGUUUGCAGCGACGUCACAGACCGAUGCUACUACGAAUUAG